CUGGCUGCAGCGCUGGUUUGUGACCACGUGGGGGAGGCGUUGGCUGCGCGGUGCGGUCGUUGCGCGGAUAUAAAAGGAGCGGAGCGCGGGGAGCGGAACAAACAGAAGCAAAUUCUCUUUCGUCUCUCGGUGGGAAGAUCGGCGGCUCCGGAUGUCAGUUUCGUACACACCGAGAGUAAAUCGGAUCCAGCAGAACUACAGACAAAUGUCUCCCGGUACCGACAGCUGAAUCCUUGGGAACAAGAUACGAGUCCGGGAACGAUCAGUGUAAACUUUAUAUUUGCUGCCAACUCAGCCCAGACCUGCGAUUGUGUCGCGCGACUCCUGAAUGAGGAUUUGGACUUGAUUGUAACUCGGGUCACCGGGACUGUGAAUUUGUGUUAAUUUGGGGGAAAUUCACUAAAGACAUGGGGUCCCCUCACUGCCCCGAGCCCACAGUUUGGGUUUAAUGCCGAACCCCAUGAUCCAAACCAGCGAAUCAGAGAUCCUGACACCCCAGAAUUUCAUGAUUAACUUUGAGAACCCCACAGAGAUAAGGGGGGGACUGUCCCCCAUGGAGUGCCUGGAGAACUGCAGCAACAGCACCCUCACUAAUGGCAAUGGCACCUGGGAAGGAGGACCCCCUUACUCCUUGGAGGUCACCAUGGCCCUCAUCACCCUGGUGGCCCUGCUCAUGCUUUUCACUGUCUUUGGGAACGUCCUGGUUAUUAUCGCCGUGUUCACCAGCAGAGCCCUAAAAGCCCCCCAGAACCUGUUCCUGGUCUCGUUGGCUUCAGCAGACAUCCUGGUGGCCACCCUGGUCAUCCCAUUCUCUUUAUCCAAUGAGGUGAUGGGCUACUGGUACUUUGGGAAGGUUUGGUGUGAGAUCUACCUGGCGUUGGACGUACUUUUCUGCACCUCUUCCAUAGUUCACCUGUGCGCCAUCAGCUUGGACCGUUAUUGGUCCAUCACCCAAGCCAUAGAGUACAACCUCAAACGCACCCCUCGUAGGAUCAAGUGCAUCAUCUUCAUCGUCUGGGUCAUCGCUGCCGUCAUCUCCUUCCCACCGCUCAUAACCAUCGAGAAGGAAAGUGGCAAAGUGGAGAUGCCCAUCUGCAAAAUCAAUGAUGAAAAGUGGUACAUUAUCUACUCCAGCAUUGGCUCCUUCUUCGCCCCUUGUCUCAUCAUGGUCCUGGUCUACAUCCGUAUCUACCAGAUUGCCAAGAGCAGGACCAGGAUCCCACCCGGCAAGAGGAACAACGCGGCCGACGUAGAGGCAAAACAGCACAACGGCUUGACCGACAAAGACUUACCUGUUAAAUUAAAUGGGGAAAAAGCUGGGGGGUCUGGGGGAGACCAUGGGAAAGAGGCGGAGGCCAAUGGGGUUGACAUGGAUGAUUCCUCUUCUUCUGAGCACCAGGAGGACAAUCCGUAUCCAGCCAAGAAAAAACAGGACAAGCUUUCAAGAGGGAAGGGCAAAACCAAGCUGAGCCAGAUCAAACCAGGGGACAGUAUCCCUAGGAGGGAAGAAGAGAGGAACCUCAAAGUGUCCAGGUGGAAAGGGAGGCAGAACCGAGAGAAGAGGUUCACCUUUGUCCUGGCUGUGGUUAUUGGGGUGUUUGUCAUCUGCUGGUUCCCCUUCUUCUUCACCUACACCCUCACUGCUGUGUGUGAGAGCUGCUACGUCCCCGUCGCCCUCUUCAAAUUCUUCUUUUGGUUCGGUUACUGCAACAGCUCCCUGAACCCCGUCAUUUACACCAUCUUCAACCAAGACUUUAGGAGAGCCUUCAAAAAGAUUCUGUGCAAGGGGGAGCGCAAACGGAUUGUGUGAUGGCCAUUCCCUUUCCGAAUGGAUCUUACAGACUCGAAACCGACCUCAACCCCCCAUCUCAUUCAUGAAACAGACUUGUUUUUAAACCCGAUAAGGGACAGUAUCUGGGGGGGCUUGUAUCAUAGCUGACUAACAAACUGUUGCAUCUUUGCAUUGACCUGUCUGUCUUCAUUUUGUAAGGCACUCACCUUUAACAAACAAUAUGAAUGCUGAAAUAUAUUUUAAUACAAAAGUC